CGGGUCGCCGCUGAGCCCGCUUUGCUCCUCUCGGCUAGCCGGCCCGGAUCGCAGAAAGUUCGGCCCCUGGAAGGACGACCUGAACCGAGCCGGGUUGGCUGCUGCUGCCCAGGGCCGAGCUCUUCACCUGCCCUCCGCCCACCCGCGGGGCCCUUAGCCAAGUUCCCCAGCACCCGGGGGAGCCAGACAGUGCUUGCCCUUUCUAGCGUCCCAAAGACACCCAGAUGUCUCCGGACACCUGAACACUCAGGGCUUUCCGAGAAGCCUCCUAGUGGGGAGAAGAGCACUGUCCCUUGAGCCACUCAUAUCCACAAGACUCUCCCAGUCUGGUCCCUUCCUUUUCCUCUGGGGGAGGAGGAUGGGUUUGCAAGCGCUCUCCCCGAGGAUGCUCCUGUGGUUGGUGGUCUCGGGUAUUGUUUUCUCCCGGGAGCUGUGGGUCUGCGCUGGCCUCGAUUAUGAUUACACUUUUGGUGGGAACGAAGAGGACAAAACGGAGCCCAUAGAUUACAAGGACCCCUGCAAAGCCGCUGUGUUUUGGGGUGACAUCGCCCUAGAUGAUGAGGACUUAAAUAUCUUCCAAAUAGACAGGACAAUUGACCUGACUCAGAGCCCCUUUGGAAAACUUGGACAUACCACAGGUGGCUUUGGAGACCAUGGCAUGCCAAAGAAACGAGGGGCGCUCUACCAACUUAUAGACAGGAUCAGAAGAAUUGGCUCUGGCUUGGAACUAAUUAACGCCACUAAGGGAAAAGCACCUCCAAAAUUAUCAGAGCAAAAUGAGAAAAAUCGAGUUCCUAGAGCUGCCACGUCAAGAACGGAAAGAAUAUGGCCGGGAGGUGUCAUUCCUUAUGUCAUAGGAGGCAACUUUACUGGCAGCCAGAGAGCCAUGUUCAAGCAGGCCAUGAGACACUGGGAAAAGCACACGUGUGUGACUUUCACUGAGAGAAGUGACGAAGAGAGUUACAUUGUGUUCACCUAUAGGCCUUGUGGAUGCUGCUCCUAUGUUGGCCGACGGGGCAAUGGCCCUCAGGCCAUCUCUAUUGGGAAGAACUGUGACAAGUUUGGAAUUGUUGUUCAUGAGUUGGGCCAUGUCAUAGGCUUCUGGCAUGAACAUACACGGCCAGACAGAGAUAACCAUGUCACCAUCAUACGGGAGAACAUCCAGCCAGGUCAGGAGUACAAUUUUCUGAAGAUGGAGCCUGGAGAAGUGAACUCUCUUGGGGAAAGAUACGAUUUUGACAGUAUCAUGCACUAUGCCAGGAACACCUUCUCAAGGGGGAUGUUUCUGGACACAAUACUCCCCUCCCGUGAUGAUAACGGCAUCCGCCCUGCGAUUGGCCAGCGGACCAGGUUAAGCAAAGGAGACAUUGCCCAAGCAAGAAAGCUGUAUCGAUGCCCAGCAUGUGGAGAAACCCUACAAGAAUCCAGCGGCAACCUUUCCUCCCCAGGAUUCCCAAAUGGCUACCCUUCUUAUACACACUGCAUAUGGAGAGUGUCUGUGACCCCAGGAGAAAAGAUUGUCUUAAAUUUUACCACGAUGGACCUAUAUAAGAGUAGUUUGUGCUGGUAUGACUACAUUGAAGUAAGAGAUGGUUACUGGAGAAAGUCCCCUCUCCUUGGUAGAUUCUGUGGGGACAAGGUGGCUGGAGUUCUUACGUCUACAGACAGCAGAAUGUGGAUUGAGUUUCGUAGCAGCAGUAACUGGGUAGGAAAAGGGUUUGCAGCUGUCUAUGAAGCAAUUUGCGGGGGGGAGAUACGCAAAAACGAAGGACAGAUCCAGUCUCCCAAUUACCCAGAUGACUAUCGGCCAAUGAAAGAGUGCGUAUGGAAAAUAAUGGUGUCCGAGGACUACCACGUUGGACUGACCUUUCAGGCCUUUGAGAUUGAAAGACAUGACAGCUGUGCCUAUGACCACCUAGAAGUUCGAGAUGGAACCAGUGAAAACAGUCCUUUAAUAGGACGGUUCUGUGGUUACGACAAACCUGAAGAUAUACGAUCUACUUCCAACACUCUGUGGAUGAAGUUUGUUUCUGAUGGAACUGUGAACAAGGCAGGGUUUGCUGCAAACUUUUUUAAAGAAGAAGAUGAGUGUGCCAAACCUGACCGAGGAGGCUGUGAGCAGAGGUGUCUUAACACACUGGGCAGCUACCAGUGUGCCUGUGAGCCUGGCUAUGAACUGGGACCUGACAGAAGAAGCUGUGAAGCUGCUUGCGGAGGGCUUCUUACAAAGCUCAAUGGCACAGUAACUACCCCUGGCUGGCCCAAAGAAUACCCUCCAAACAAAAACUGUGUGUGGCAAGUGAUUGCUCCAAGCCAGUACAGAAUCUCUGUGAAGUUUGAGUUUUUUGAAUUGGAAGGCAAUGAAGUUUGCAAAUAUGAUUAUGUGGAGAUCUGGAGUGGUCUUUCCUCCGAGUCUAAACUGCACGGCAAAUUCUGUGGGGUUGACGUACCUGAAGUGAUUACUUCCCACUUCAACAACAUGAGGAUCGAAUUCAAAUCGGACAACACUGUAUCCAAGAAGGGCUUCAAGGCACAUUUCUUCUCAGAUAAGGAUGAAUGCUCGAAGGAUAAUGGCGGCUGUCAGCACGAGUGUGUGAACACAAUGGGAAGCUACGUGUGUCAGUGCCGGAAUGGGUUUGUGUUGCAUGAGAACAAACACGGCUGCAAGGAAGCCGAGUGUGAACAGAAGAUCCACAGCCCAAGUGGCCUCAUCACCAGUCCGAACUGGCCAGACAAGUAUCCAAGCAGGAAGGAGUGCACGUGGGCGAUCAGUGCCAUUCCUGGCCACCGCAUUAAAUUAGCCUUCAAUGAGUUUGAGGUUGAGCAGCACCAAGAAUGUGCUUAUGAUCACUUGGAAGUGUUUGAUGGAGAGACAGACAAGUCACCAAUCCUUGGUCGAUUAUGUGGCAGCAAGAUACCAGAUCCUCUCAUGGCUACUGGGAAUCAAAUGUUUAUUCGGUUUAUUUCUGAUGCCUCUGUUCAGAGGAAAGGCUUUCAAGCCACGCAUUCCACAGAGUGCGGUGGUCGACUGAAAGCAGAGCCCAAAGCCAGAGACCUGUACUCCCACGCUCAGUUUGGUGAUAAUAACUACCCAGGACAAGUGGACUGUGAGUGGCUAUUAAUUUCAGAAAGAGGUUCUCGACUUGAAUUGUCCUUCCAGACUUUUGAAGUAGAAGAAGAAGCCGACUGUGGCUACGAUUAUGUUGAAAUAUUUGAUGGUCUCAGUUCAAAAGCUGUGGGUCUUGGCAGAUUUUGUGGGUCUGGGCCACCAGAAGAGAUUUACUCAAUUGGAGAUGCAGUUUUAAUUCAUUUUCACACUGAUGACACUAUCAACAAGAAAGGAUUUUAUAUGAGAUACAAAAGUAUAAGGUACCCAGAAACCAUGCAUGCUGAGAACUAAUGUCGACCCUCUUUAAGAACAGGAAGCAAUGUGCACAUGGAAAGAAGGCAUUUUAAAAAUUGACGAUAUUAGCACAAAUGUUUUAUAUAAUGAGUUUGAAAAAAGAGAGAAUGGCAAGAUUAGAGCUAUCUCUGAAAUGAAAGAGAACAUUCCGGAAAACCUAAGCGGCAUUGCAGCGAUGUUGGAAAGUCAUGCUUGAUGAUUAAUAAAAGUGGUGGAUGGCUAUCAUGUGCUUCAAGGAAGAUUACCAGCCUGAAAUAGAUGCCUCAGACUUUGAACAGUUCAUUUCAGGGCCUGUGAUUCUCUGGAGUGAAUUCUUGACUACUUUUUCAAAAUUUGGGACAUAAAAUGAUGAAACAGAUCAUAACGGACUCUCUUCUUGGGUCUUAUCAUGUUUGCUUAGACUUUGUAGGUCAGACACAGUGUAAACCAAAUCAUGUAAGGUGGUAUGGAAUAGUGGUCUUUGGAAGAUGGUUAGUCAUUUAAAAGUAGGUGUGUGUAUGUGAGCUGCAUUUGUGUGUGUAUGUGUGUGUGUGUGUGUGUGUGUGUGUGUGUG